AUGACGACGCACCAGCAGAAAAACGCACUGGCCGUAGCCGCAUGUGUCGCAGCGCUCGCGGGUCUCACCCUCUGGUCGCGUAGGAGGCGUCAGCUGCCGAGCCUCGCUGUCAAGCGGCUGACGCACUUGCGCUUCGACUUGAGCGUGGCGGAGAUCGAGGCCGAGACGAAGCGGAUCCUCGCGCAGAUGAAGUGCGUGGACGACGAGAUUGCGGCUCUGGCGCCUUCUGCCGUGACCUUUGAGAACACGGCGCAGAAGCUCAUUGACUUGGACCAUGAGAUGCUGAGCCGCGUGACCAACGUGACGUUUCUAGGGCAAGUGGCUGAUGACAAGGAGACACGUGACGCCUGUACGAAGGCAGAUGAAGUUAUCGAGGACUUUUCGGUGCUUCGUAGCAUGCGGGGAGACGUGUACAAGGCUGUUAAUGUACUGUGCAAAAGUGCAGAGUUCCAGACACUGGACGAUGUGACGCAGCGGUAUGUUCACCGUCUCGUGCAAGACUUCGAACGCAAUGGAUUGCAGCUGCCUGAAGAAAAGCAGAAGGAGGUACAGGCAUGGAAGCAAAAGCUGUCUAAGCUUGGAAUUCAGUUUCAGCAACAUCUUUCGGAGGAGACGAUUGAAGUCAGCUUCUCGAAUAACGAGCUGAAAGGGCUCAGUGACGACUUCAUCGAUGCACUUGAGAAAAACCAGGACGACAAGUACAAGAUUGCUCUAUCGUACCCAACGGUGUUUCCAAUUCUUAACACAUGCACCGUGGAAUCGACGCGCAAGGCUGUCGAAUAUGCUUUCAAUCGUCGCUGCAUGUCCACAAAUGUUGCUAUACUGGAAGAGAUGCUGGAAAUUCGACACAAAGUAGCACAGGCUUUGGGAUACGAGAAUCAUGCUGCGUAUGUCCUCGAGCAAAGGAUGGCAAAAUCUCCGGCGAAGGUGAAGGAAUUCUUGAACGACUUAAACAAAAAGCUUGAGCCAAUUGCCAAGAAGGAUCUGGAUGACUUGCUGAAGCUAAAGAAGGCUGACUGUGAGCGCAAUGGAUGGGACUUCGACGGCAGAAUCAACAUGUGGGACUUUCGCUUUUACAUGGACCAGUUCGUGAAGAAACACUGCUCUAUCGAUAGUGAGAAGCUUCGUGAAUAUUUCCCACUCGCGCAUGUGACGACAGAAUUGCUAUCCAUGUACCAGGAGCUGUUGAGCCUGAAGUUUGUAGAGAUUCCACACCCUCACGUGUGGCACCAGGACGUUCGCAUGUUUGCAGUCUACGAUGCUCGCCCGAGUCGAGUCGGCAACCUCGUCGGCCACUUCUACCUGGACUUGUUUCCCCGCGCAGGCAAGUAUGGUCAUGCAGCUUGCUUUACGCUGCAACAGAGCUGUACAAACUCUUCGGGUUGCCGUGAGUACCCUGCAGCUGCCAUGGUUGCUAACUUCAAUGGACCGACCAAGUUGAAGCCAUCACUCCUGGGACACCAGGAAGUUGUGACGUUCUUCCACGAGUUUGGCCACGUGAUGCACUGCCUGUGCUCUGAAGUGACGAUCCCUCGCUUCGCUGGCACGCGUGUCGAGCGUGACUUCGUAGAAGCUCCUAGUCAAAUGCUUGAAAACUGGUGCUGGGAAAAUGAGCCACUGCAGCGUCUGUCGUCACACUACGAGACUGGCGCAAAACUCUCGGACGACCUCGUCGCUCGCCUGAUCUCGACAAGGAACGUGACCACUGGACUAUUGAACAAGCGCCAGCUGCUCUUCGCCAUGUUUGACCAGACGAUUCACUCUACGGCCAAGUCGAACUCGGCGGAGCUCCUCAAACAGCUACAGAGCGAGAUCAUGCUCAUUGACAUGACGCCCGACACGAACUUUGCGGCCUCGUUCGGUCACCUGGCUGGCGGCUACGACGCUCAGUACUACGGCUACAUGUGGAGCGAGGUAUUCUCCAUGGACAUGUUCAUGUCCCGUUUUAAACGAGACGGACUGAUGAACCCGAAGACGGGAGUCGCGUACCGCGAACUGAUUCUCGCGCGUGGCGGGUCAGUUGACGCGGACGUGAUGCUCCAGGACUUUUUGGGUCGUGCCCCGAAUCAGAAUGCGUUCCUACUCAGCAAAGGUCUCAAUUGA